UUAAUGUAUUACUGUACUUAAGUGGUAUAACUAUUGAGGUUUGUACAUUAUUACGAUCACAACUUGGAAUAAUGUUAUCUAAUAAAUGUAGUUUCAUUCAUUACACCUCAUUUCAGUUUUCUUGGGUACCAAUGCAGAUCGCAUUAUUUAAAUUCAGACUUGAUGUUUAGACACCUAGUGCUAAGUCAACCUGAUAGGCACGGAGUUUUAAAUAGUUGGUUCGUCGUAUGAAUUAUAAGCAGAACAGUGUAUUGGCCAUUGUGUAGAGGAUUUUGUAUCAGAUGUGUCAAACUGUGCAAUGCAUUGUUAGGGUUGAACGUUGGCAACGUACAUGCAAUUUACAGAUGGGUAAUCUAAACCAUUCCUAGUGUAUAGUACUAUUUUACCCACUGUACUCUGAAAUGCUCAAGUUUCGUAUUUCAGGGGGCGGUGUAUGGGUUUCAUGCCAGGCCUUGAGUGGACUAAACCAUGAAGUGACAGGGGGGAUGAAAGUCGAUUGCCUAGUGUAUUUUCUGUCGUCGUUGGCUCCUUUGUGUGCUUUAUAUUAUUUCAAGAUUCGUUACGGUUUGCAUUUAUGGCAGAUGUCUGCUACUUUGCAAAGGGGGUGCAUAUAUGAGAGUGGAGUAAUUGCCAAAUAUACCCCCAUAAGACGCGUCCAAGCCCGCAUCCAUAGCACGGACACGAUUUGGGGCGCGCGCCACGGUUCUUUCGCUUCUACCGCUGGAAAACCUUUGGGAUUCGACUGGACUAAUAGGCAUUUUUUCCUUUCUGCAUACCAUUGGAGUUGGGAAAGAUUUUGUUAGUGGUGUACUCGGCAGUCAUUGAAAAAAAAGAGCGUAAUUGUCGGUCUUGGAUGAACGUUGUCUGUGGCUGUAGCACCAUUUUCCAUGCGGAUGUCAUUCAAAUUGGAGUAGGUUGCAGUGGUGGUAACGUUGAAAAUAACAGUAGCUUCGGCUGUACCGUUACCUUAUUUGCAUACCGGCAAGCUUCAUUUUUGUCGUUCCUUCAAUACUAUUGGGCUUAUCGGUGUUUGCUGCAAGAAGCGAAGAGGACCUUCUCCUCAAAAUUCUGGUAACGGGAAUCCGAGCUAGUAGGCUAACCAGGCACCCCAAAGCUAACCAUUCUGCAGUGUGCGUCAGGUAUGGUUGCGAGGAGAAACUUAACGGGUGGGACAUGUUAUUUUCGGUGCAGCUGACGCCUUGUUCGUGCUUGAUACUAAGCAAAACCAUGUGUCAUUUGAUAAUGCCGCGUCGCAUAGUGUGCUGCCAAGUCAACCAUUGCUGAUAAGAGAAAAAAAGCUGUCAACGUGUGCGUGACCCACUCUGGACAAUGUCAGUCGCCUCCUCCUGGAUCCACCAAUGUCUGGGUCAUUGAUUGCAGUGCGAGCUCUAAAUGGACACACUGACUGACUUUUUAUUACACCUGCAACGUUAACCUCACACCGGUUAUCAAAAUCCCCUCCCCUCUCAGGUCCGUCACGCAAGCCCCUUUUUUCAGUAAGCGCCAGUGUAACGACAUGGACCUGAAUUUUUACGCGGACCUUUCUGAGGACUCCGGACAACCCGGCGACCAAGAGUUCCUUGACUCGCAGGCUUUUAACGGAUUUGACACCGUCGUCAGUAAGUUUCCCGGAGGGGGUGAUAACUACCUGGCGAUCUCAAGCGAUGGCCACCAUCCUUUCCUCUCUUCCUCGGAGACCUUCCAUACUCCCAGCCUGGGAGAUGAGGAGUUUGAGAUCCCGCCCAUCUCGCUGGACCCCGACUCGGCGCUCAGCGUCUCGGACUUUGGCGAGCUGUCGGACGGCGGCCCCUCGGGCGGAGUGGGGGUCGUCCCCGGCAACGCCGUCGUUGGGGGUGACGACCCCUCGUUCGCCUCCACCUUCGUGAACCCGCCCUCGCAGGGGCUCGACCACCUCAGCCUGGGGGUCAUGGGCCAGCAGGGGGCCGGCACCCUGCUGGAGUCCUCCCUGACCAUGGACCUGGGCCACUCGGUGGGCUCGCAGUUCAGCAGCUCCUCCCCCGUCACCAUAGACGUCAUGAACGACAUGAACCACGGCCUGCUGGGCCACAACCAGCUGACCACCAUCGACCAAUCGGAGCUGAGCGCGCAGCUGGGGCUGAUGGUGGGGGGCGGGGCCAUGCUGGGGGGAGGUCACCGCUCUCAGUCGCCCGACCAGCAGCUCUCCGCCAACGACUCGCCAGCGGACUCGUUACAGGACGACGACAUGGACGACUUCCACCAGCGCGUUCAGAACAGAGGCCACGGAGUGACCCGGCCGCUGAAAUUCGCAGUGCCUGCUAUGCCAAAGACGCUGAAAGCUCAGCCGCAAUACUGGAGGGUGCUGGUGGACUCCCCGGUGUCCCUCUCCGUAUCGCCGGCUGUCAUCUCCCUCAGCCCCUCGCUCUCCGACUCCCCCGUGGCCCCUGCCGCGGCCGCCGCUGCUGUUGGCGGGGGCCCCUCAGGUGUGGGGGCCGGCGGGGCCAAACGGGGGCCUAGGGCCGGGGGCAAGAAGGCAAAGAAGCCCCCCAAGGACCCCAACGAGCCCCAGAAGCCUGUGUCGGCCUACGCACUCUUCUUCCGCGACACGCAGGCGGCCAUCAAGGGCCAGAACCCCAACGCCUCCUUUGGUGAGGUGUCCAAGAUCGUGGCCUCCAUGUGGGACAGUUUAGGAGAGGAGCAAAAACAGGUGUACAAGAGGAAAACGGAAAUGGCGAAAAAGGAGUACCUGAAGGCACUAGCGGCUUACAGAGCCAAUCAGAUUUCACAGCCGGCCAUCGAGGUGAUGGACAGCGCUCCGUCGCCGCCCAUGGCCGCCGAGCCCUCCCCCCCACCCUCUUCCGCUGUUGGCGUGACCCGGGCCACCCGCGGGCCCCACAUCGUUACCGACGUCACCAACACCAACACCAUCACCAACAUCUGCAUCUCCAACAUCAUCGGCGACCAGCAGGGGGGGCGCUCGCGCACCACACGCUCCCAGACGGGCACCCUCAAGCCUCCGCUGGUGCCCCAGGAGAUCUCCCCGCCGACCACCCCCCAGCCCGCCACCACCACUACCACCGCCACCGCCAGGCAUCCUCCGCCCAUGCAGCAGAUGCAGCAGAAGCCCACGCCGCCGCCCCCUCGCCUCCAGCAGGCCCCGCCCCCACUGCAGGCCAAGCCCCGCGCCAACGCCACCCUCACCGGGGCACUGGCCACCGUCAUCUCCGCCUCGGCUCUGGCCAACGCGCCCCCGCCUCCACUGCAGAUCAAGAUCGUGCCGGCGCUGCUGCAGACGGACACCCCCAUCAUCGUUGCCGCGGGAAACACUGUCUCCGGGGGAGCGACGCUUACCGCCCAGCAGCACCAGACCGCCCCCUCCGCUACCGCCAACAGCAGCAGCUCUCCGUCGCCCUCUAUGGCCAUGGAGGUGACACAGGCGGCAGCCAUCGUCACGGCGUGCUCGCCCUCACCAGCGGAAGAGAUGGAGGUGGAGCUGAACGUGUCCCCAGGGCCAGACGUGGCCACCGCCAGCGCCCCCAGAUUGUGUGUGCGAAUGGGCUGCACCAAUACUGCCAUCGAGAGCAAAGACUGGGACUUUGAGUACUGCAGCAACGAAUGCGUGGCUAGCCAUUGCCGGGAGGAGUUUAUGGCCUGGUGUGCUUUUCGCAGACAGAAGUCUACCAUGGUCACAUAGAUGUCAAAGCCUGGAGUGAGUGAGUGUGUGUGUGUGUGUGUGUGCGUGCGUGCGUGCGUGCGUGCGUGCGUGCGUGCGUGCGUGCGUGCGUGCGUGCGUGCGUGCGUGCGUGUGUGCGUGCGUGCGUGCGUGCGUGCGUGUGUGUUGCGGGUCCGAAUGGGAAUAUUUCAAGAUGGCAUCAUUCCCAGUGGUGGUCUGCAUUUUUUUCCUGUGGAAUUUGGAGUGCUCUAGCGCCGUGCAGUGGACUAAAAGUAGUAGUUCAGGUGUUUUAUCCAUCAGUAUUUUUCUGUUUUGUGAAAUUUCAAGACUCUUGUCUCUUUUGUUGUUGUUGUUCUGCUAUUUUGUCCCCUCUAAACACUAAAACCAGAAAGUGGGUGUUCUGUGGCAUCAUGGCUUUUGUAACAUGCAGUGCACACUCUUGCGUGUGCACAUGAACGAACAUUUCCACAACCCCUAAUGCAUACAUGGAUACACAUG